AUGACGUUUCAGCUUCCCGCCACCACCAACAGAACGGUAGCAGUGCUCGGCGGUGGCGUGCUGGGAAGGCGAAUCGCCUGCUCAUGGGCAGCGAGCGGCUUCGACGUUGCCGUGUUUGACCCUGACUCAGAGCAGAGGAUUGCAACUGUUCACUACUGCCAAGCCAACGCGGUGCAGUUUUCCGACGUGAAGCAGCGCGGGUCCGUGGAAGCGUUCCAAGAUGUCCAAGACGCAGUGAGCAGGGCGUGGCUCGUCAUUGAGGCCAUCCCUGAGCGGUUGGCCCUUAAGAUUAGCACGUUCCAACAGCUCGAGGUUAUGGCGCCAAAGGAUGCCAUUCUCGCGACCAACUCGUCCUCUUUCAAGUCGCGAGAGAUGGUCUCUGACCUGCAGCCAAGCACCAAACAGCGGGUGCUCAACAUGCACUACUAUAUGCCGCCGCGCAAUCGUGUUGUUGAGCUCAUGACGGACGGCAACACGGACAAGACCAUUUUCCCCUUUCUUCAGCGGAAGCUGGGUGAAACAGGCAUGCGCGCGUACGUGGCUCGCAAAGAGUCGACGGGUCUCAUCUUCAACCGGCUGUGGGCUGCCAUUAAAAGAGAGAUCCUGACCAUUUUGGCUGAGGGCGUGUCGGUUCCUGAAGAGAUUGACGAGCUGUGGCAGCAAAUAUGGGUCGAAAACGUAUCUGGGCCCGUGGCCAUGAUGGAUGCCGUCGGGCUCGACACUGUGUCCUUCAUUGAGCAGCACUACAUUGCUGAGCGUCAGCUGUCCGAUCUCCCCGUGCGGUACCUGCAACAGUACAUUGAUGAGGGUAAGCUGGGCGCCAAGUCCAGCAAGGGCGGGCUGCUACCUGCUGGCAAGACGACCAAGACCAGCGCCAAGUUGCGCGGCGAUCACGACAACCUCCACGCGCCGUUGCUAUACUUUUUGGACAUUGGGCUCCGCGCACCAGACAUCCAAGACGCCUUUUCAUCAGGCCGCAUCCUGACAGGUGCGUCGGACGGCAGAGCCAUGCGGGUACUCGUCGACCACCAGAGGACGCCUGAUGGCCUUGCGGUAUCGCUAGCCGUAGGUAAGCUCUUCUGGACGAGCAUGGGAGUGCCUGCGGAAAACGACGGCGCCGUGCUCAGUGCCAACCUAGACGGCUCCGAUGUGCAGGAGAUUGUUCCCCGCGGGCAUGUGCAUACGCCCAAGCAAAUUUGCAUCGAUCAUGAGAGCAAGACGCUCUACUUUUGUGACCGCGAAGGCCUGCGUGUGAUGCGCUGCGGCUUUGACGGGUCUGGGCUGGAGACCAUCAUCCGUACUGGCCGUUGGAAGGAGGACGUCGACGCCGUAGAGGACCAGACCAACUGGUGCGUGGGAAUUGCUGUCGACCUGGCCCAGCGUAACUUUUACUGGACGCAAAAAGGCCCUUCUAAGGGCAACAUGGGUCGUAUUCUGCGCGCUAGCCUGGACAUGCCUGCCGGUCAGACGUGCGACAGCCGGUCCGAUAUCGAGGUCCUGUUCCGCGGCCUGCCUGAGCCCGUAGACUUGGAGCUGGACCCUGCUGAGAGAGUGCUCUACUGGACCGACCGAGGAGAGCAUCCAGUGGGAAACAGCAUCAACAGCGCCAGCCUGUCGGGCAUCCAGCCUGUCAGAGCAGAGAACAGUGUGCCGGGAGUACAUUACAAGAUCUUGGCGCGAAACUUCCACGAGGCUAUCGGCAUAAAGCUCGAUACGCGAAACAGGCACAUUUAUGCGACUGACCUGGGUGGCUCCGUCUACCGCUUCGACCUCAACGGUGGCGAUCGCCAGCGUUUCUAUGAAGAGCAGGGUGCAUUUACCGGCCUCACUCUGGCGUUUGUCUAG